AAUGAGCGCUGCGUGGCCCCACCCCGUCUCUCUUCAGCGCUGUCUAUCUCCUCAAUGUAGGCUACUAUUCUCGGAGAGAGAAAGCGAGAGAGAGAGAGAGGGAGAGAGAGAGAGAGAGAGAGAGAGAGAGAGAAAGGAAGAAAAUAAUAACCUCCAAGAAUUGGUUAUUCCUGUCUUUCACCUUCCACGACCAGCGGCCAGGAGGGGAGCGGCCUUCGCGGUGGGAAUGUGCUGCUACAACAACCCCGUGUCCUAUUUUUUGUGAAUGUAAAUGCACAUGUAGACUCCAGCCUGUAGCCUAUUUACCCUCCUCGGAUCCGAGUGGAAUAUCCAUAUAGAAUAGAAGUGUGCGUGUGUGUCCGUGUGUGCGCUUCUACACACACCUCAUGUAGGCUUUCAAAACUGACUCUGACAGCGGGGCUUUGCUUUUUCACCUGCAAGGAAACGCUGAUACAUUUCGAGGGAUUUUCACAUCUUGGUCACGUUUUUUUUUUCCUGUUCUUUUUCCCUUUCUGCAAUUUUUUUUCUUAAGGGAUUAAUCGAGCCGAGACCGGUAUUAGGAAGAAAAAGUCUAUGGGUGCGCAGUUUUGGAAGCUCUGGUGGUGAUGUUGAGGGGCUGAUAACACCAUUUCAGCAACAAACGCGAGGGGCAGAGAGAGAGAGAGAGAGAGAGAGAGAGAAGGCCUUCUGGAGAAAACACAGCAAGAACAGCCAUCACCAGUAAGAAGGAGCUGGAAUCGGGGGAUAUUGGAUCGUUUCGGAGUUGGAGGUGGUGAGGGACCCGGCCGAGGAGACCCCCGCAGUGAGUUUGGAGCUGUUUUUUUUGGGGAGGGGGGGCUCGGUUUGAUGCAGAGAAUGAAAAGGAGCCGGAUGACGACGGAAGCAAUGACAAUAUUACACAUGUAGCGCGUUUUGGUGUAAAUAUUAUUUUCCUUCCUCCUGUCCUGCUGGGGCCCCUCGUUGAAGACAACCGGGGACGCCGACAAAUCCAAAGUAUCCACCUAUGGAAAUGUUUAUUAUGAAAGGAGACGUGGAAAUGAGCCGCGCCACCCCACGGCAGAGCCUUUCGGACACGCCGAGUUCGGCUCCUUGUUACGGGCAGCAGUGAGACGCAAGACCCGGGCUUUUGGAGAUGCAAAUUAGGCAGUUUAUUCUGCCUCCGUUUGAGGUGAAAGGCCGCUUUUUGGUGUCUUAACGCACACUGAGGAUUACAGUUAUUAGCUGUGCACCGUUGACGGGGGGACAGAGUGGGGGAAAAACAAAACAAAAACUAUACUGCAUGUGAAGGAAGGAGGAAAAAGCCUGAGCAGGAUUCAGCAAACUGAGAAGGCGGCCUCGGUGUCGUCAGCAACAGUAUCCUGCCCUUUCUCUGACAGCAAAAUACGCGUUAUGGACCCAUAAUUUCACCAGUGCUGCACCACGGACAGUUUUUGGAGCAGGCCGGGGACGGUAAACGGUGUAAAUGUGGGUGGCAUUGCUGCCAAAUCCGUGGGUCAAACGAGGGAUCUAGACUAAUUUAGUUUAUUUAUUUAUUUUUCCUUCUACAUAACCCCCUCCACCUCCACUUCUUCUUCUUCCUCCUCCUCCCCUGGACCCUCUUUUUUUUUUUUCUUUUUCUUGCGGGAAGAUGGGUUGUUUGGGCAACAGUAAGACUGAAGACCAGAGAAAUGAGGAGAAGGCACAACGAGAAGCAAACAAAAAGAUAGAGAAACAACUCCAAAAAGACAAACAGAUAUACAGAGCAACACACAGACUACUACUUUUAGGCGCUGGAGAGUCAGGAAAGAGCACCAUAGUGAAACAGAUGAGGAUUCUCCAUGUCAACGGCUUCAAUGCAGAAGAGAAGAAACAGAAAAUUCAGGACAUCAAAAAUAACAUUAAAGAGGCUAUUGAGACCAUAGUUACAGCUAUGAGCACACUGACGCCGCCAGUACAGUUGGCCUGCCCAGAAAACCAGUACCGAAUCGAGUAUGUCCUCAAUCUCGUCAACCAGAAGGACUUUGAGUUUCCAUCUGAGUUUUACGACCAUGCAAAGACACUAUGGCAGGACGAGGGGGUCCGAGCGUGCUACGAGAGAUCCAACGAGUACCAGCUAAUUGACUGUGCACAAUAUUUUCUGGACAAAAUUGACAUUGUGAAACAGAGUGACUACACUCCAACAGAUCAGGAUUUGCUGCGAUGCAGAGUACUCACAUCAGGGAUCUUUGAGACAAGAUUCCAAGUGGACAAAGUUAAUUUCCACAUGUUUGAUGUCGGUGGCCAAAGGGAUGAGCGUCGAAAAUGGAUCCAGUGCUUUAACGAUGUAACAGCCAUCAUCUUCGUGGUGGCCAGUAGCAGUUACAACAUGGUGAUCAGAGAGGACAAUCAGACCAACCGUUUACAGGAAGCCCUGAACCUCUUCAAGAACAUCUGGAACAACAGGUGGCUGCGGACCAUUUCUGUCAUCUUGUUCCUAAAUAAACAGGACCUGCUAGCAGAAAAAGUGCUGGCAGGGAAGUCCAAAAUCGAGGAGUACUUUCCUGAAUUUGCUCGCUACACCACACCUGACGAUGCAACACCAGAGCCUGGAGAAGAUCCACGAGUUACAAGGGCAAAAUACUUCAUACGAGAUGAAUUCCUGAGGAUCAGCACCGCUAGCGGAGAUGGGAGACACUACUGUUACCCCCACUUCACCUGCGCUGUCGACACAGAAAACAUCCGCCGCGUUUUCAACGACUGUCGAGACAUCAUCCAGCGAAUGCACCUGAGGCAGUACGAGCUGUUGUGAUGGAAAAGAAAAGGUGUUCGGCCAAAAACACGAAGAACAGAUCGGACUAUGAAAACCCUGAACCCUGAGGCUCUGAACUCCCUCUGCCACAAAAGUGUGAGCACUUUUUGUGAAGAAACAGCGGGAAUGUGGGCCAAAACACAAAAACAUACUUACAGAAAAUGCACCCUGAACUUUGAACUGAUGCAAUCUGCAGAAGAAAGAGCUAUUUGAUGGAAGGGUUUAACACACUCUGAUCUCCACCGACAAUUUCCAGCCGUACUCUUUAUCUGUCAUCACGUAUCAUCACCUUUCCAAAAUCUCCUGAACUUUUGUCUUCACCGGCUCUUGUUGGCUUCAUUUGGACCGUGUUUACUGCAGUGAGGAGGUUUGAGCUGCAGUUGAAAUUGCGAGACAUAUCUCUAACUUGUCGAGGCCAGAAUGAGACAUGAGUGACUUCUUCCAAGCAAAUUUGAAAGAGAUUACUGUGGAAUUACUGCAAAUGGGAAGAAACGUCACAGCUGUAUCGUAACAAAAAACAGUAAAAUGUAUCACAAGCACUGUGCUCAGGACUCAAACACACAUGCAACACCAAUCCUUCCUACAGAAACAUCCAUGAAUCCAAACACACAGAAACAUAUCACACCUGCUUUUUAAUGGACUGCACAACCGGGAUGAGUCCGGAUACUUACUGAUCUGCCUACUGCGAGCUGCUGGCUGAUUUUUACGGCACAGUGAUUUGAGAUUAAACGGACUGAGUGACCAACUGCACAGCCAAGCCCUGAGACGCAGUAUUACCACAUCAAGCAACUAAACGGACUAGGGGUGUGUGUUGCAAUCACGAAAACAAAAAAUAGAAAACCAGGACUGAGCUGACUCAGAUGUGAAUUUCUCAGAGACGACCAUGGCUCUUCUUUGACUCCUACGUUGAGUUCCGCCUGAUUUAAUGGAGCAAAAGGAGGAUUUAAAACAAAAAAAAUAAACAAAAAAACAUGCCAACUUUUAUGGAACUUAACAAAUGGAGGGCAAAAAGCAUCCUUCGACAGUACAGUACCAUAUAAUUUAAAGAGAAAACUCAUCUUGUCAUGAUUGACCCUGUUUUACUGUCUCCACAGCUGUUUUUGUCUGUGUAGACUUUUGUGCCAUUGUGCCCUGUGCGCUUUUUCUUUGACUUUUACUGUCGCUAUCACUCGCUCCUUUUGUCACUUCUUUCCUCUUUCUGCCACACAAUUAAUUUGUCCUCUCUCCUUUUCUCCUCACUAUAAAUGUCCCAUCUUCACUUUUACCUUUUUUUUGUUUUGAGAGAAAAUAAAGUAUAAUAAUCCUGGAGUUUUAACAAUUAAAAAAAAUGAAAGAAGACAAUAACAACAAACAAACGGGACAUGAAUCCUUACAUCUCUCCCUGUGUCAUUCCUCCAUCUUUCCUCCUUCCUUCCCGACUACUGGCUCCUUUGUAUGUCUGUCUUUACUUUACUGCUGAACUAUUAUUCUUGUACAGACUGUAAAAUGUAUUAUUUUGUACAACUUUAUUGAAAAAAAAAUAACUUUUAGAAGAUCCCUGUGCCUUGAUCAUGACUGUACGUGUGUAAUGAGCUAAAGUGGGUGUCAUACUGCGCUGUAUAGCUUGGCCAAACCCCUCCUAACCCCCCUCCUCCCUCCACCACUUCCUCCUCUCUCACAUUUCUGCCUUUAUUUAUCUCUUUUCUCUCCUCUUCCUUUCUCUGUCCUCUCUCUCUUCGGGGAUGGAGGAAACCCAUUUGUAGCUUUUGUAGUUUUAUUUCUCCCUCUUGAUCCUCCCAUUCUCUCUUUAUGAUUUAAAUGUCUAUUUUUGGAUCCAUAUACCCCAAAAAGAUAAAUAUAUGAAAUGUAUAUGGGUUUUAAAAAAAAGUAUUUUAUUAGAAUCAAAUGAACCUUGACAAAUUGUACACUUGAUAGUGUGCGUAUUGCUAUAACUUAAAUCCUUUCAACUGAA